UUCAGCAUCUGAAGCCAUCUUAGAUGUAUGAAAUGGUUUAAUGUAUAUAUUGCAGACUCUAAAUGACAUAACACAACUCACGACCGGCAUUUUGAAGCAUGCCGAAGCGAAAGAACCACCCCACAGACGACACAGAGGGCGACCAGACCAUCCCGCUCCCGAUUCAGUCCUUUUUCUGGAGACAGACAAGCCCAUUCAUUCGACCAAAACUAGGAAAAUUAUGUGAAGCUGCCUGUGUUUCUCUGGAGAGGGUGGUGGUACAGAAUAUUUUGCAUGGUCUGUCUCCGAGUCUCUGUGAGGCCAUUCAGAGCGUGCCCAGAUGGAAGGUCAUUCAGGCGGCGUUUCCCCAUGUCAUGCAUGCAUGUGCGGCUCUCAUUCAGCAGUGUAAACAGUGUGACCAGGAUGCCCAGUUUGGACCCAGUGAGGUGAAACUAUUGUAUAUUCUUCAUUGGAUCAUUCUUGAUGCUGCCUCCGAAUGUGAAGACCUGGAAAGUGACCCUGCUAGAAAUGGUGCCUCGGUACAACUGCACUCUUUAUGUACAGUCCAGCUCUUAGUGUAUCUCCUAGCCCCUGUAAUCCAUCUCUUGAGGGACUCAGAUUUUCAGACUCUGAAAUUAGAGAAUGGCCUGAGGUUCUGGCAGCCAUUAUGGGACUACAGACAACCUGACAUACCAUGCUUCUCUACACCUGUUAAACCUCAGCGAAAUAUUCUUAAGGCUCAGCACAACCUGCUUAAAGUGAACACAAAUGCUGCCAAUAUUUACAUUGGCAAAGGCACUUCUAGGGAGAAUCUUAGCUUCCUUGUAGAACCUUCUGGGGCCAGUCGUAAAUCCAGCUUCAAUGACCAACACUCCAUACAUGCGCCUCUUGCGAGAUGGAGUGACAUUUGUCCCAUUUCUACCGCAGAUUCGCACUCGGUCAACAUGGAGGUGCUGUGUGAACACUGUAACAAUGUCAUUUCUAGCCGAGAUCAGGAGGAAAGAUCUUGUCAGUGCAACAAAAAGGAAAGCACAGAUACAUUCACUCUAGAGCCCAACUUGUUUAACUUUCAACUAUCCACCUCUGUGGAUGAGGAGUUGGUAAAGCAGAGGCUUGCUAGUGCCGUAACAAGUGGGAUAAGAGGACCAACAGCGCCAGAUAUACUCAGUGCCAGUUACUUUGACAUUGCAGUUUUGCGCUGUCUUUUUAGCUUGCAUUGGUCAGAGGAUGGUGUUUUCUGGGCAUUAAAAUAUGUCCAUCAGAGGCUGCUAGAAGUUUGCGAUGAGUACUUGAGAAGAGAUUACUCGGAACGAGAAAGAAGUCAUUCCCUGCCAUUCCAAGAUUUUAAACUACUGAGAAGUCAAACUAUUCCAUUGCAUGGAGUGGAAAAAUCAAAAGCCAAACUGGGAAUUAAGAAACCCUCUAGCCGACUAGAAACAAUUCCAAGUGCUGGAGAAAUCUCGCCUGCAUUGGAUCAUAAAACAAUCCCUGAUCAGAACACUGAUAGUACUACCCAUCAGGCAUAUAAGAAGUUUAAAACCCUUGGACAUGAGGACAGCAAAAGCCCACCUUUCAAAGAUAGGAAGCCCACUUUUUACCUUGCCGGGUCCCCAACAAAAGAUGAUGGUCCGUACAGUCAUUUGACCAAUGAAUUCUUGAAUUUUGAAAAAGUGAGAAACAAAGGGAAAAAGUACAAUGAGAGAAUUUACGAACAGUAUCUCACAAAGAAGGAAGAUUCCUCAAGUGCAGCCACAUCUACACAGGAGUUGGAUGUGGAUCCUGGAAAUAAAGGUCAGAAGACAGUGUCAUUUCCCCUGUAUCUGAUUAAAACAGCCGAUGCUAAAUAUAAGCAGCAGCAGGGCUCUGACUAUGAUUCCCUGUUGACCAGUAGCCAUAGUUCCUCAUCAUCCUCACAGAUGGGAGACUCUAGUCAUGCAGAGAACAGAACAGGCACUGAAGGGCGGUCAGAUGUAGUGUCCUCCGAGGACGAGAAACAGAAGCCAAUGAUAAUGGUAUCGGAGCACGGGGUGUGGGAUAGGCAGAGGAAUAGGCAGAAGAUUAAUAAGCCCAUGGAGGCUUCCAAUGGAAUUAAAGGCAGGAAAAACAUUUUUGAAAUGCACAAUCCAAGUUGGAUGAAGGACACAGCUGCCCAAAGAGAAAAAUUUCCAUCAGUGUUUUCUGUCGAUGAUCAGUCUCAGCAGCAAAAGAAAGAGAAAGAAGGGUCUCUUCCUCGUAGCAUGACAGACUCGGACAUAAACUACAGCCACGAAGAGGAGGUCCACGAGGUACCAGGGUCAGUCCACUACAUACAGAAAAACGGGCAUUUGAAUUACAAAGUCAUACUCCAAGCCAUUCACUUCAUUGCUCUGAAUCAGGCCACGCCGAGAGUGUGUGAGGUGCUGCUGAACAUCAUCAACUGCCUGUUAGAUCUGGACAUCGUGGAGAGGAAGCAGGAUGUCAAGCUGACGGAAUCACCCGAAAAUAAAAAGGCGGACGAAGGCAGCUCUCGCAGCACAACAUCGGAUUCUGCCCAGGAGCAGACGGCACAUGGACUGGCCAUGGACAGCUUGUUUAGCAUUUUCAAAUCUCUGGGAUGUCCUAAUGGAUGUGGAGAUGGACUGAAGGGUAGCUAUGGAGACCACCUUAGGUUGAAAGGUCACAAGUGUUUACAGAGACUGCAGCAGGUUAAUUCUGUGAUGUUCAGAGUCUACUUGAAAGAAACUGUUGAAAAAUGUCCUAUUCAAGAAACAGUGGAUUUCCUGCAUUCUCUUUUGGGAUUCUGCACAGAUCCAACUUUGAUCGCUCAGCAGACACAGGGUCAAGCGGAAAGGAAAAGAUCCUGUUCCCAGCAAGAUGGCCCAGUAAAUGGUUUCCAUAACAACUUUGGACAUAGCAUUGGGGGAGUUGGUUACAGAGGGGAGGAGGGAGUGCUGAUUGCAAACAUCCUGAAGCCAUUCGUGUCCAAGUGUGUGGAUAAUGCCAGGGAGUUGUAUGGAAGUGACAAUAUAUGUGUGUUCUGUGAUAUCCGCCAGUUUAUGGCUUACGUGAAAGAAAUCCACGGAGGAACAUUCAGAAGAGUGGAACUAAGUGGAUUACUGGAUUCCGCAAUGAAACUGAAAAAGCAGGAAAAAGAAUCCAAAGCCAGAACCUCAAUAACCAUCAGGAGAACUACGUCCCAGACUUCUGAUAGUGGAGAUGACAUUGGGAAGUCCCCUGCUACACCCAGUGAAGAGCCACCCACUCGAAGCAAAGGCCGGAAAUCCAUCUUCAAAAAGAAGCCGAAAAAGUCCUUAAUCCUUCAGCCAUAUGCCACAGCCAGUGAUUCGGAGCUACUGGAAGACUCCAAGAAUAAGAACGUUACCACUGACGACGAGGCUGUACCAAACAAUACCUCCAGCACGGGGCGACGACGCUUCAGCAAAUUCCAUCUGGGGUUUAGACGUCCCUUGAAGCCUGACCAUGAGGAGGAGGCUAUGAGUGACCCCCCUCCCUUGGACCGGAGGGAGAGUAAGAGUGACAUACAAGCCCCCAGAAUGAAGACCAAAAUGUCAUUUAGGACAGCAAGCCAGGCCACCAUCACCUUCCUUAGUGCCAGGAGAAAGAUUGAGGGGGGUCUCAAAAGUCUGGGGAAGAGGAUGAGUAAGCGAGGAAGUGUAGAUGAAUGGAAGCAAAAAGAGACCACCCAGGUGGAGGAUGCAGAAAAUGACGCCAUUAUUGUGAAGGAGAAGAAGUUGGUGGACAAGUUCCUGAUCAAGUCGGGCAUGCUCAGGUUCUCCUUCCUGCUGGAGUGUGCCCCUCCCGGAGCUAUUCCUGACCCCCAGCUUGUAGCAGCCAUGCUGGAACUGGAAGCCCCUGUAGUAGCCCGUGCAGCAUUACUUUUGGAGUGUGCCCAGUUUAUACAUCGCUGUAACCAUGGCGACUGGCCCAACUGGAUGAGACUCAAUCUGCCGAGUUAUCGCCAGUCUACUUCCGCUCUACAGAAUCGGGGCCAGCCAUCGGGCUACAGACGCACCCUGGCUCUACAGAAAUCAGCAGGGAGGAUGUUUUAUAAAUGGGCAGAGAAUCUUGGUAGUAUGAUGGAGUACAUUUUAGCCAAGGAGAACAAGGAUAGGUUGAAUAUAAUCAGUGACAUUCAUAGCGAGUCUAGGAAGAAAGAACUCCGGAUAUCUGAUGAAGAGGAGGACUUUCUAGAUGAAGGUACUGUCAAUGAGAAAGGAUCAGAGUGUCCAUACGCACUUAAGAUGGCUGCCUGCCUAGUCUUGCAAGAGAUCACCACAUUUCUUAGGGAGACGUUCAGGGACCUGCCAAAAGCACACAGUGUCAGACAUGUGUGGGACCGGCCCACCAGCAACACCAGGAGGUGGAGCAGCAUUGUUAGCAGUCCCGGUCACUCCCAGAGUUCCGAGUCCGGCAUGGCUGACAUGCCACAUUCAUCGUCUGCUGUGGUUGGAAGCCCAAGUGGGGACAACAGUCGGAAGAUAAGCUUUGCUGUGCUUGGGGAACGAUCUGAUUCCAUUCACAGCAGCACCACCUCCAUCUCCAUGAUGGAUCCCUCCGUGUCCCCCAAUAUCCACAGUGAUGAUAAGAAAGGGAGAAAAUUAGCAGCAACUAGACCAAAAAUCAAACUUUUCAGGGGAGGAUCUGGAACCAAUUCUAGUUUCAGACUCAAAAAGGGGCUUCCACAGAAGCAAAGCAGCAGUUUCAAGAGAUACGGGAGUCAGAAGUCAAGGAAGGUCAGCAGCCAGUCUCAGUUCUCUGACCGUGGGGCGGAGGAGGACCUGGGGAUGGAGGACACAGAAUCACUUCUCAGUGAUGAGAACGAGAGCGGGGACCACGACGAGCCCAAUGACGUCAACCUUUGUCACAACAUGCCAUGGAUCAAGGUUGUAGUACAGCUUGCGAAUCUCUCAAACUUUAUAUGUCCACACCAAAACUUCUGCCACCCAAACUGCUACGAACGUCAGAGGAGGUCGUGCUCCCGCCUUGUGACGGCCCUCAAGAAGAUUUACCAGUCCUCGGAGCACGAGGAGGAGGACAAGAAACAGGACACAAAGAAAGACUUCCUCAAGGAGAGGCUCAAGAGGAGGGGAUCAAUCUUUCAUCAACAAGCUUCACCUACUUGGAGAAGGGAGAGCACUCCGCUGCUAGAAAAGAUCAAAACGGACGUCUCCAUGACUAAACUUAAGAUGACCUCCACUUGGAAGAAGGAGGAAAAGCCAAAGGAGGUUAAAGAGGAAUCACCCAUGAUCAAGUACAUCGCAUCCCAGGCUCAGAAACUGACUCAGUGUCCAAUGGGAAUAAUUGCUAAAGCUGCGCCCAUUUUGUCGGAGGAAAAUCUGAUUGACAUUAUCCCUGUAGCCUGGGAGCUGAUAAUGGAGACGGACCAGGAACUGGCUGCUUCUGCUGCUUCUGUGUUUCUGCUGACCUCUGUGAAGUGCCCCGAUAAGGCCCAGAAAUUGAUGGUGAAGGAGAUGCAGCAUGAGGAUACCACACAGAGGAUCAAUGCUGUGUUAAGGUUUGGGGUUUUGUGGAAAUUUAGACAUCAAGUCUGGCCAAGAAUGGAAGAUGGAGCAAACAUGUUCUUUAAGAUGCCCCCUCCUAACAUAGACUUCACCCUGCCAUCUCCCACGAUUGGCCUGCCCUCACAGACCGUGGUUGACCCUCCCUGGACCCCCCACUUCAAGGCCAAGAUAGAGGAAGUCACGGUUAACCAGGAGGGAACUAAAUCCUUAGUGACAACCACUACAACUCGGCGUAAAGAACAACAGGAGAUGAUCCGAAAGGCUUUCCAGGCAGAGGAAGAAAGGAAGAGGGUGGGGCGAGAACGCUUCCCCAUGACGACCAUCCCCGUCAAUCAUCUGGCGGCCUACGAACCGGCCAUCCAUCAUGCCAGCGAAGAACACGAGGAAGCUGUGAUGACGGAUGAACUUAGCAACCUGGCUGCACGGCGUGUAUCAAUGGCUCCCUUCAAUCGAGCUAACUUACAAAGUCGUAGCAUGUCUUGGAGGAAUGGUAGUGUCUAUUGGGCAAGGCUGGAAGGGGAGGAAGAGCGUGCUGAACACCUCCACCACAUGCAGCAGGCCCAGACGUUCUUCCCGUCCUGUAUCUGUGCGGCGGUCCUUCCCAUCAUCCACCUGCUGGCAGAUGGAGAUGUGGGCGGUGACGGCGUGUCUGUCAACGAGGUUGCGGAGAAGGUCAUCUGGAACUGUAUGGUUGAGGACCCUGUGCUGUUCCUCAGGCAUUUCCUGGAGAAACUCACACACAGGGACAAACUGGAAGAACUGUUGUUCUUGAUGAGAAAACUUGUGCUUCACUACAGAGAGCUUCCUGCUCAGAUGGCACAUGCUUUGUAUAACUAUCUGAUAGGGUAUGUGAUGUUCUAUGUGAGGUCCCCCUGUGCAGGGAGUCAGGAGGCCAUAGCAGGUGCCCUCGCUCUGAUCUGGCAGGUCAUUCCCAGCGUUGAUGGCAUUUAUUUCAAGGACUUGAAGCAAACACUGAAAAAAGAGCAAUGUGAUCCAUAUAUCUUGAUCUCUGCCAAUGUUCCCAGUGCAAAGAAGAUCUUAAUUCAUGGCCCUGAUGAAGCUAGUAUUCCAUCACAACUGCCAAUACAUGAGGACACCCAAUUCUCUCAAAUUUUGCAAGACAGUUUGGAUUUCUUUAAUAUUCCCGAAGAGGAUUAUCCACUCUAUUUUCUUGUGGAUACCAAAUCAAAUCAGAUACACAACCUGAAUUCCUAUGUCAGAGACUUCUACUUCUUCCGUCGGAACUUUUAUCCACAGCUGAGUUUGGUUGCCAUAGAUCCAGAUAAUGCAAUGGCCUCCCUGGAAAGACAGGCCUUCACAUUAAAAUUUGUGGAGAUAGGGAAAAUCUUAUUUACGACCAAUGUGUUGAAGAGCACACCACUGCAUAAGAUUCAGAAUCAUGUGAGUUUCCUUCAUGAGGAAUUUAUGAAAUUGCCCGCCUUUCCUAGGAAAGCCCUGGAAGCUGAGUUCAGUCUGUACAACGGUAAAGGGGGCGAGGAAAUAUAUGGGUUGGACACCUUGCAUAAAUUAUCUUGGGUCAAGCUGAUAGACACACUGUUUUCAUCAAUGACCAGCUCCUUUGGCUGGAACAACGACCUGCAGCUGUUCCUGAAUGUGAUCAAUGGCUGCAUCAUUCUCCACUGUGAGGACACCGCCCUGCUCCGGUUCUGUCUGGCCUCACUGAUCAACACCUCCAGGCACUUCAAACAUAUCUUCUCCAUGAACGGGUUUAUGCACAUAAUGCCCACCCUCCUGAAGACGUACAGUAACAACCAGCCGAACCCUGUGUUGUGUCAGGCCAUAGAGUUUGUCUGUCGACAGUUCUACAUACUCCACCGCAAACCCUUCAUACUACAGAUGUUUGGUAGUGUAGCCACCAUGUUGGACUUGACUUCCAAAGAAACUGGGAUGAUAGACUGCAGAAAGAUUCAGCCAGACUGCCUGUUCAAGCUUCUUCUGUCCCUGGAGAAGCCAGACUGUGCCGACAACCUGAGUAUCUUAGAACUGGUGGACGGAGCAAAGCCUCUACAAGCUCUGGACUUCUGUUACGAGAAUGAGCCGGAUCGGCUGACGAUGAUCGAGGUGGUCAACUUGUGUGUGACUGUGAUAGCAUAUGCCCCCGACUCAUUCAGAAGUGUGGAGAUGUUGACCAUCCUUGAAGUUGUGGUUUCUAAGUACGUCCACCAUGUCAGAAGUGAGACGAUCCGAGUGGAUAAACCCCAUGCAGCCCAGGCCGAGGUGUCAGCCAUUAUUGACGUAGGAAUCGCAAUGCGGGCUCUCAUCAGCUCCUGUGAAUACUUUACCAGGAGUAUGGCCUUACCAAGACAGAUAGAAAAUGAGAAAGCCAACCCCAAGAGUGUGACCAGCAAUCACUCUCCUCUGGGAGGAACGAGUUACUAUGACGACAGGGAAGACUCUCAUAUCAGUCGCCAUGUGGAAGAAGGCAGAAAGAGACAGGAAACUGAGGACACAGAACUGACCAAUGAGUUCAGGAAACCCCGCGAUUUGUUUCUGAAUGUGAUUGCCGAGUUCUACAGCACCUGUCAGCCACGACUGAAGAGUAACGAACUGCGAAGGAUGCUGGUGGAUGCUGCAUCGCGUCCUCCCACGGAACUACUGGAUCACAGAUCUCACAAUAGGCUUGCAGAAAUAGCCAACACACUGUUGAAAUUGGCUCCAUAUGAUCCCCAAACACUAAGUUGUACUGGACUUCAAAGGUAUAUGACAGAAAUUUUACCACUGACAAACUGGAAGCAAGAAGCUGUGAGGCCAGGAUUAAAUCUGAUUUUGAGGCGACUUGAUCGACUAUUCAACAAAAUUUCAAAAAAAUCGUCCCUCAGGAGACAGGCAGACUGGAACGCUGCAGCAAACCUUUUACAAGGGGUGUUCUACACCGUAAGGAGGCACCAGGAUCUGGCUAACUACCAGCACACCAAGACAUUUGUGAAUGCACUGCUGGUGAUUGUGUUGGCGGGUCCGGGGGCACCUGUUCUACCAGAGACCACCUCCGGAAUCCACGGCAGCCACCGCAGCGAGUAUGGAGCGGUAUUUCACAUCGUCCCACCCACAUUUUGUUCAGCUGUGGUCAAACUUGUAGCAAUGCAGAUGCAAGCAUUAGGGGACCAGUUUUCCUUGGAGCAAAUUUGUGGAGGGAGUGUGUUUGCUUCUCAUGACAAGUGUAUCAACAUGCUGGUCAACUUCAUAUUGCCUCUCUGUAUCAGACUGGGAUGUGCCAGAAAGGGAGACACUCCCAAGUUGAGAGCAGACAAUGUGACCUUUGCCCUGACGGUGAUCCUGAAUAUUCUGUGUCCCCCUGCGAGGAACCCCCAACAGCAGCAGAACUCCAGCUCCAAGUCCACCAUACAUCACCUGUCCUUCUCCGAAAAUCACCGCUGUAGCAGCUUCAGUCAGUCAGACAAGAUCCACCGGCCAGAGAACCAGCUACUGCUCAAUGUGGCUUAUCUUGGUCUGGAAAUACUGAUGGUCUGUUUUGAUCGAAUUUUGUCAUCUGAGUGGCACAAGGUCACAAAGGUCAUACAGGAUCUGGGGAGUAAAGGAAAAGUAUCUUUGCCACUGUGGAGAUUUGUGGAUUUUCUGGUCACCCACAGACCAUCUUGCUUCUUGAUGCUUCAUCCAUUUAUUUUGUAUAAAAUGAUGAAGAUAAACUGUGACACGGCCCAGGAGUACUACCUACAGCAGGCCAUCAAGGACAAGAUGCAGGGCUUCUCCUUCUCCCAUCCCAAGUGUUCAGCCACCGUGCUACUCCAACUGGCUGUGGAGCUGCAGCAUCUCAAAGAGGAGUUCUACAAUGUGGGUGAGGUGCGUUCCCAGGAGGCAGAUCUUCCACACAAUCAGUAUGAACAGCGGGCCAGUGUCACUGAUGUGGCCAUCGAUCUGAUUGGAUUGUCCCUGGGACCAACAUUAGCAGCGGGAGGAAAAUUCCCCAGUGCCACCAUUUUGUCCCAGCCAAGUUCCAGCACAAGUCCACCAUUUAAGGCCACUGCUGUUACGUCCAGUAUUGAAAGCGACAGUCCGACUCAUAAAGACAGGAAGACCAGCCGACGAAUCUCCGCCAAGGAAAACCUCCACCUGUUGGACAGGUUCCGGAAACAUCCCCUGGAUGACAUGUCCCCUCCAGAUUCCUCAGGGCCAGAGGUUUGUUCCCUGUCCAGACAGCCAGCUAUCUACCGGUCCAUGGACACUAUUUCCAGACAGAGUAGCAUUGAUGAACCUCUCCCCCCAGCAGUGAUGUAUCAGACUAAUGAGCUGGAGACACCACCCAAUGGACUUGCAAAACAGACAAUAAGCCCUGAAUUGGAUCCCAAAGUUCAUCGCCUGCAAAGGCAAGAUGUCAGAAGCAGAAAGACCUUCAAACGCAGGAAGGCCACUAAAGCACCUAGCAUGAAGAGACUUGGGGGCCAUGGUUACCCAGAGGACACCAGCGAAGGGGAGGCAGGGAGCUCGGAGAGUUCUCCAGCUCGAAGAGCGUACAGCAUGCGCCGCACCAACCAACGUGACACCCUCACGUCCUAUCAAGACAGGUCCGCAUAUGUCAGAGAGAUUUCUCGGAGCCAUCAGGGAUUUACGUCACAUCCUGGUUUCCCUGAGCUGUCUCGUUUAGGGAAUACACGGUCAAGCUGGGGCAGCGGUACAGCGACAGAGAGGAAUCGUACCCAGCACCGAAGUGGCCAAGGACAGUCGGAACACGAACCACCGGGAGAGGAAAUCAAGACUAAUAGACAGAGAUACAUACAGCGCUCCAAAUCCCAUGACGAUCCGCACGGGGACCUGAAUGCCCCAGCCGGUUCUGCCAGGGGAAGGAUCGCCCGACAGGGGGGUAGAAUCGUCCACUCACGCUCCCCCUCCUCCAGCCCUGCAAGGAGCCCCCGGGAACCGAUCGACUGGGCCUCAAAAGCUGAACAGGAACCCCAGAGCAACACACAACCCCCUCAGGGAGUUACCUCCCCCAUCGUGAGACGCCUAGCUAAGAGGGUCAAGUCACCCACUUCUCCCCCUCCCACUCAUAGAAUGAGCUCUCCCCCUGAUAGUCCGGUCCCCUCCCCCCAGGCCUACAUCGCGCGGUAUGAUUCCAGCGACUCGCUGAAUGCCACCGAGAGCUCGGCCCUGAUACGGGACCAAGAUGAUUCCAGCCGGUCUCACUCCUCCGUGUGUAUUUACUUUGAUGACUUUGGGAUCAAGGACACACUAGUCUGAUGCACAUGUAAAUACUGUAUAUAAACAUGAACUAUACUGUGAACCUAAAAAUACAUGUGUGGGGUAUGGUAUAUGGUGAAGAUAAAGAAGUAUGGCCAUAAUCUGUUAAUACAUGUAAUAUAUUUUAUUUAUUCUUUUUCUUCACAAAUGUAACCUAGCUGAACAUAAAAUUAAUGCUUUACACAAAAGUUGCAGAAUUUUAAUGCUUUACGCAAAAGUUGCAGAAUUUUACCCCUAAAAAAUAUCCACAUUUACAGUUUGUCACGACAAAAGAUAUGUUAUACAUGUUUACAUUUACAGUAUGUCACAACAAAAGAUAUGUUAUACAUGUUUCCAUUUACAGUAAGUCACGACAAAAUAUGUUAUACAUGUUUACAUUUACAGUAUGUCACACAAACGAUAUGAUAUACAUGUUUACAUUUACAGUAUGAUAUGUUAUACAUGUUUACAUUUACAGUAUGUCACGACAAAAGAUAUAUUAUACAUGUUUACAUUUACAGUUGUUGUUUGUAGUGUUGAUGUUGAGUUUGUGAUACGUACCAUAUUUAAGAUCUGGUGUGAAGAAACCUUUAGAUAGACUUAUAGUAGGCUAGACAUUGCAUGUUAUGUCAACUACCUACCAUACCUGUAAUAGCUAGUGUGCAGAUAGUUUUAUAUAAAUGCACUGGUUUCAAGUAAGAAAUUUUUACAAUGCAGUUGAUAUGUUUAUACAAUAUACAUUUACACUAAUUUUCUAAAUCCAUUACCAUUUGAUAGUAUUUUUCAACAACUAUAUAUACAAAGACCUCAUUAUUGACAAUCCAGUUUGUAAAUCUGCCACAUAUCAACUAAUAGUUUGUUCUACUGGGAUAUCCGUUUGUAACUUGCAAUAACAGUGCAGUGCCUAAGAAGACAUUACAAAAACAGAAUGAAUACUGUAACCCCCGUUAUAGUUAAUUAGUUAAUUGGAUUGAACAUUCAUUUGAAUGAUACAAACAAAACAAGAAAUUGUUGCUUAAAAAAUUACAGAACGAGAUAUGUUUUUCUCGUGCCAAAAUUUUUUUUAGUGCAAUAUUUCUGAAAUUUAUUCAAAAGCGAUAUUUACCGGUAUUUGAUUUAAGCAUCCUUUUGAAUCAAGUUUGUGACAUAUGUUCUUUGAAUAAUAAUAGACAGAAAAUGUUUUUAUUUUGAUGAUGUUACUGAAUUUGGAAAUUGGAAGGAUAGGUAGCACUAGCCAAAGAAAAUUAUUUUAUUUUAUUUUAAAAUUCUAUUGUUACAAUUAACAAUUUGGGAUAAAGGUGAGAAUUUUUAAAAGUGAACUGAAAAUAUGAUGUCUGUAAUAAUAUAGUCAGCUUGAAUAAAUUACAGUCUGUAUUGGAUCCAGAAACAUGCUAUUUAUAUGUAUGUUUAUCUUGUCCAUAUCAUAGUAUACAAAUGUACUGUGAAGUUGGAGAAAUGGAAAAAAAUGAAUUGAUUUUUUGGCAUACAUAUUAUCUAUAUCCAUUGGCAACAUUGUUUACAUUAGAAUAAUUUUGUUGAAAUUACCCAUCUCUUGAGUAUUGUAUUAGUUCUACUGUAGUUUACCAAUACAAGGUAUUUGCAGAUUCACAGAAUUGACAUGCCAUAUGACUAAAUAACAUUUUAGAGUUGUGAUAAAAGACAUGAGGUUGUGUGUGUAGUACCCACAUGUACUUGCCGAUUACUGGGUAUAUUAGAAUAUUUACAGAUGAAUUUGUACAAAACUUUUACAAAUAUAAAUAAAGACAAAUAUCUUUGUUUUGCAUGAAUAAUGCUGUGAUGUAUAUAUAUAUAUUAUUAAGUAUUGUUGGUGUUUUAGAAUAAAAUUUGUUUUUGAUAA